GCCCACUCCAGACAAUCACUUAGCCAGGGUACACCCAGCAUCCCAUGCAAUAUCAUGUUGAGGUCCCAUUCCAUCUCAGCCCACACACUCUCUCAGGUAUACUGUUAUUUAUUGCAUUUUUGGUACUUACCAUUCACCGGCUAGUAUAGCAGAGGCCCCCUUACCAUUUUUGUCUUGAGCAGGGGCCGUCAAACAGUUCAAGACUACCAGUUUCUGAAGUUAAAAUAAUGAUCUUCAGACACAGCUGUGCUUAGCAUUAGGUAUUGACAGCAGUGAGACUUCGAAAUCGUCAAUCAAAAUUCUUCCCGCCCCCGAAGAAUAAUAACAAAGGUGAUUCGUUAAAUUAUUAUGAUUGGUAGCCAAGAGAUGUAGCUCAUUGGCUGUUAGAGAAUUUACCGAGUUUAACUCCUCCUACAGGCUCGUGUCUCUGAGGCGCUGCAGAUUACCACUUUAGUACAUUAGACGUAACCAUCUGGCACCAAAAUUAAAUGAACGCUCCACAAAGAAACGCAAUAAGACGUUGCUGCGUGUAAAUAUUCGCUAAUAUGGACGAGGAAGGCACCUGUCACUCACUGAAACAGUACUUCAUUUCCAGCAUCGAGAAGACUGCAAAAGCGACCUCUCGGAAUGUCUUGCUUAAACUAGCAGAGUUAAACAAAGGGGUGCUUCCGCCUUAUGACAAUAAAAAGGGCAAACAGGAAAGUAAACUUUUGAAUUCUGGUGGUCUUUAUGAGGGAUACUUGCCUCAGAUCAUUGAACAGGAGGUUAAAGCGGCAGCAGCGGACAUCAUGUUAUAUGAAUUGGAAACAUUUGUAAAUAAUCAGCGGAAAGAUUUUCAGUCCACAAUAUCUGCAUUUGAAAAAGAAAUAGAAAGCUUGAAGCAUCAACUGGAAACAUCCCGAAGGGAUCUAGCAUUGGCGCAGAAGCUUGCGAGCUCUAAAGAGAAGAUCCACAGAACACAGCCGGCGAGCGACAGAGAUGCAUUGUUUAAUGUUAGUGGAGAAGCCGCUUGUCCCGGAUCUGAGGCCGGCGAGUCUUCGCAGCACUUGAUAACGAGCUCGUCAUUCAGCUUCAGCAGAGAAAGACUUGAGUGCAAACCUGGGCCCGAUCAGCUGGAGUGCACUGGAAUAAGCAAAUCAGAUCACCCAACUACCCAGGACGACCAUGGAGAGACAAACACUUACGUAAAAAAACAGACGCGAGGGGAUCAAGGGCCUCCAAAAGCUGCUUUCCAAGCCUCAGAAGAAAUGGCUGAUCUUGGCCUGUGCCUCCUGGAGGUCAGCAGUAUGACAGAGCAAGGAUCUGUAAAAAGUGAGGAUAACCCCGAGCGGAUUUCUAGGUACAUUAAACAAGAAGACCCUGAAGCAGAGUUGACUUUGUUUUCUGGAGGUGCUAUAAAACAUGAAUCUGUCAUUGUUAAGGAGGAGGAGGAGGUGAUGGUCCAUAUUAAAGAAGAAGAGUCUGAGGUGGAACUUUCUCCCAUUGUUAAGACAGAAAUGCUGGAUGUUGAGUGCACAGCUGAAGAUACGAUGAGCGUUUGUAAAGGUAAGGAAAUGGAUCUGGCAGACAUACAAGGUGGUUUGUCCUCAUCCCAUCAGGAGUGCGAGCCUGAAGGUGAAAGUGCCAAAAAACCCUACCAAUGUAUGGAAUGCAGAAAGACUUUCAGCCGGGCGACACAUCUCAAAAAGCACCAGACGAUCCAUACAGGAGAAAAGCCAUACCACUGUACUGAGUGCGGAAAGGCAUUUAGUCUGGCUGCAUAUCUUAAACAACACAAGCGAAUUCACACGGGAGAAAAACCAUACGAGUGCAAAGUGUGCGGAAAGACCUUCAGCCAUAAAAUAAGUUUUAAAUAUCAUGAGAAAAUUCACACGGGGGAAAAAACCUGCGAGUGUAAUGAAUGUGGGAAGACUUUCAUUUGGGCCACAGACCUCAGACGGCACCUGCUCAUCCAUACGGAGGAUAAGCCAUACCAGUGUAAGGAAUGCGGGAAGACUUUUAGUAAUAAUGUAAGACUGAAAUGCCACCAGAGGAUUCACACCGGAGAAAAACCGUACCAGUGUGUCGAGUGCGGAAAGACGUUCAAUCAUAACAUCAGCCUUAUUCGUCACCACAGAGUCCACUCAGGGGAGCAACCUUAUGAAUGCACCGAAUGUGGAAAGACGUUUCUCCAUAAAGUAAGCCUCAAGCAACACCAAAGAUUUCACACUGGAGAAAAACUCUACCCCUGUCCCGAGUGCAGUAGGAUUUUCAGCCAGAAUGUCAGGCUUAAACAGCAUUUGAGGACUCACACGGGAGAACGGCCUUACCAGUGCACGGAAUGCGGAAAGUCCUUCACGCAGAGCGUAAGCCUUAAGCAGCAUCUGAGAAUUCACACCGGAGAAAAACCGUACCAGUGUCUGGAAUGUGGCAAGUCUUUCAGCCAUGCUUCAAACCUUAAACAACACCAGACGAUUCACACCCGACAGAAACCCUUCCAGUGUAUAGAGUGCGGAAAGACUUUCACCCAAAACGUAAGCCUUAGGCAACAUCAGAGAAUACACACCAAGGAAAAACCGUUCCAGUGUACUGAGUGUGGGAUAACGUUCAGCUGGACCUCAAGUCUUAAACAACACCAGAAAAUUCACAAAAGAUAAAACUCAAAAAGAGAGAAGGAGACGUACUGCCACUACAGUGUAUAUACCAUAUAGGAUCAGGAGUUUUCAUUUUAGUUUAAUAAGCCACUUAAGGGUUCUUUUACAUAAAUAUAUUUUCAGAAAAGGAGGAACUACCAUCCAUUAUCAGCACUCACUUUGUCUGCUUCAAGAUCAAAUGGAGCUCAAGCAAUGGCUGCUGGGCAGGAAUCACCUUUGCACAGGACACCAGGCUAAUGCCAAGGAUACUCAGCUGCAACGGGCGAAUUUAGCGAUGCAAACCAGGAUGACUUUGGACUGUACAGUAGGAGAAAGCCGACGUGACCAGCAAAAAAUCCAUGAAAGCUCACAGAGAACAUACAAACUCUGUAUAAGACGCCAACUAAACUGAGGAAAACGAUAGAACGUAUUUUUACAAUAUCAAAUACGAAUUUGCAGCCUGGACUGGUAAAACAAUUACUGGUACUUUAGAUUGGUUGCAAGUUCUUCUUUCUCAUUUUUCUUUAAAUGAACAAUCUGCUAAAUUGAAAAAACUUUUAACUAUUCAACUGUUCCAGUCUCCAUAUGAAGUACACUGUAGCUGUGGGGCUUUUAAGAAACUGAGAUUUGCCCUUGAAACUGUCUGCAAAAAUGUAAUAUUUUAUUUAUGCUAGAUAGAUCAAUCAGACACAGUUUAGUACAAAUUUAAAAGCGUAAAUUAGGCCUGGUUUGUCCGAGCGUGUAGUGUGGAAAGUUAAUUAGCCAUGAGGCAUUUCCUUAACAGAUGUACAACAGAGAUUUGAUUAUUGAGGUUUAAUACCUACCACAUUUGAUUAAUUAAUGCCAUAUACUAUUUGGAGAAGCAAAGUAAAGAACUGGGCGGAGUGGUGGCUCUGA